AUGUCGUCCCUGGCACACGAACCUCGGCAGUCCCGGGAUACCCUCCAGUCCUCCGAACAUCUCGAUCUGCGAGAUGAGAACGCAACCGAUUUCGCCAAGUUUAUCGAAUCGCAAGGCCCCAUCACCGGAUCCACUGGAGCCCGGGAGAUGCUCAAGGCCGGCCAGAGACGGCUUCGACAACUCGCUCAACGCCCGAAGAAGAGUACUGACCCCAGGUCCAAGGCCGAAGAGUCAGCGCGCCAACUGCUUGCCCUUCAGGAAGGAGGCUUCUUGCCGACGAAUGUUCCUGUUCCUGCUGGCGUACCCUCCAAGCGGUCGACCCACAAGAAAAGCCUGGACUCAAGCCGGUCUUCCUCCCGUUCUAUUUCCAACCUCAGUUUCAUGGCAAACUCUAGACGGGAUGUAGAAAGCAUUGGACAACCGUGGCUCACGGAUCCACUCGAAAAGAAGGACAGACCGGAGGUUAGCACAAAUCAUUUGUCUGCGCUGGAUCUACGGGAGCUGACAUCUUUGGUGGAGGCUGCGGUAACCAUUCCCCCGCGCUUCGAUGACGCGAAUCCCCCGCCGUACCAGCCACCCGUACCGGCGAAGGAUGUCAAAGCGGAUGCACAGCGUGAGAACCAGGACCCUGCGGUUGCUAUUACCGUCGCCGACACCACCUCCGGAUCCAAGGAGAAACAGUCACUCGGAUCCAGCGACGCGGCGAACCCCAGCAUCCAAGUCGACAGCAGUGAAGAGCAAGGAUCCGACACACGGUCCGAGGAUAAUGUGCCAAAAGACGGAAAGGCAUCAGACAAUGACCAGUCUGGUCUCAAGACUGAUGAAGGCGCAAUGUCGCCAGGUCUCGUGAUCGACUCGGAGGUAGCCAACAAGCCUGCUACGAGCUCGUCUGGUAGCUCUUCAACAUCGACAAGCCAAACCACUCCUUCUUUGAAGCUUUUCCCAGACACGAUGCCCCCGCGCAACUCGAGUAAAGGAGCCUGGCGCAUCUCCAAUGCUCGCUCGCUUGCUCUCAACAGACCUCUCCCGGCAAACCCCGAUCCGGAGCAAAGUAGCAUGGACUCGAAUAAAGAAAGUUCUCACCCGACCGAUAGCACCACAGUCAAAGAAGGCUGCGGUACUCAGGAGGUAUCUGAGCCAUCUACUUCCACUGAUGUUGGGAAAUCGGACAAGGAACCCCUGGCGAAUGAAAAGAAUUCACAGAAGAAAGGAUCUCGCCGACCUUCGUCCUUGCCAAUGUGCACAAUCGAUGCGUUCCCCUUGCCAGCACCCAUGAGACCCCUGCCUUCUCUUCCAGAAUCAACUGCAGCGAGUGGUGCUCACAGUCGUAGCGCCUCUAGCAGGUCUGCGCCUCUUGCGAGACUGGUGCUGGAUGAGAGAAACCAGGCCUCUACUGCGCAUGAUGAACCGGCCAAGGCCACACCGGCUAUGUCCAACUCUCUUCCCUUAGUACGGGCGGGGCUGAGUCGGGCCGAACGAGUUCAUGCAUUGAAGAUGAGAGACAUGUCGGCGAGCCGUCUCUAUCUUAAGGAGUCGGAGACACCUCGUGAGGAGGAAGAGGAUUACCAGCCUCCGCGGAUUGCAAAGGAACCCGAAGAAUCAAUGGCUCAGGAACGUGGGGAGGCAUAUGCUCCUAGGCCUGAGUCUGAAAAGUCGGCAAAUCGCAACGUGCGCUAUCAGCGCAAAGUCGCCUCGGAUCCUCCAUCCCCUCCGCCACUCUCUCCUCCGCCCUCGAAGCCAUCUAGACACCAGAUUAGCCAAUCUAUUGGCAGGCGUUACUGCAGCACACCUCUUACGGGUAGUGCAGUAUUGGCGAGAGAUUGCGAGUCGCAGAUGCUCCCUACUUCCAGGGAUGCCCCUGUUCGUCGAAGUAGUAGCACUCGAAGCGUGACCUCUUCGCUUGAGCGAGCGAGAAAAGAACAAGACCCCGUGGGCCGCUCCGACGUUCCCAUCCCAUCAUCCGACGACGAGUGCACCAGCGCAAGCGCGCGCCAGGAUCAAGCCCGUCCAACUUCUAGUCGACGCCGGCGGAUGAGACCAGCACCCCUAACCAUGAAUGAGCACCGCUCACACAAGAUGCGCGCGACAAGGAGGUCUUCCGACUACUGCCUGUCGCCGGGAAGCCACCGAACCCGUGCCUCUGGACGGGCGUCGCCACAGUCGCAUCAUACUCAGAGCUCCUAUUAUUCUCGGGACUCACGAAGCUCCCACCACGACACGAUCAGGGCUCUUGAAGGGCGCAUCGCGCACCUUGAACGACAGAACAAGAUCCUCCAGGCCGCGCUUAUGGCCGCGUUGGACGUGGGCAGUGUAGAAAGCCUGCUUGGGGGAUCUGCUACCUCUCUAUCUACUUCGGCGAACACGCCGGCAACCGGACGGUCUUUUUCGUCUACGAACAGCUCCAGCUUGGAUGAGUCGAUGGUGGACGACCGUCGGCGUAGUCGCAGACGGCAGCCACCCUACCGUCCAACCAGCUGGAUAGCGAGCCCGGUCUCUAGCAGACGGGGCAGCUAUGAUACCGAAGACAGUGAGAAUACCCAAAUCCCCCAACAUGUAACCGCCCUCCUCUCGCACCUCACCUCCCGCCCCGGCGUCCAAUCCACCUUCAUCCUCUCCCGCAAAGACGGCUCCAUAAUCCAGAGUACCGGGCUGUAUGCGAAACCGCCAUCUCCUUCUCCCUCGAGUGCAGCUGCGGCACAGCAAUCACCGCGCACCGAGACCAUCUCCGCACCUGUGGACGGAACCGAGACCGAGACCCAGACCGAACCGCAGACUGAAACUGAAGCUGGAACUGAGCCCGCGCUCACCGAGACGGAUGCUGCUCAACCCCCGACGACGAAACAGCCACAGCAGCAACAACAACAACAGUCUAAAGAAGGAGGGGCAACGCAACUGUAUCAGCCGUCGCAGGGCGAGGCUCUAGCGGCGCAUAUCUUUGCGUUUGUGGCUAGUGCGUCGGAACUUAGUCUUGCGUUGUCGGGGGCGGAGGAUGAUGGGGAUGGGGAUGGGGUUGUUAGACAGGUGGAUGGUGGGGUUUCUGGGGAUGGAGGAAGUGGCUUUGGUGCUGGUGCUGGUGCUGGGGAGAAGGAGGAGGGCGAUGAUGAGGUCAAGUUGUUGAGGUUGAGGACGAAGAGGCAUGAGAUUGUUGUCGUGCCGGAUAGGAAGUUUUUGCUUUGUGUGGUGCAUGAUGCGCAUCAUGGGGGUGUUGGGGCUAGUGCGAGUGGGGGUGCGGCUGGGGUGAGGAGGUAA